UUGUCGAUCAAUUGGUGGGGAAAGGGAGACGGGGAGGACGGAAAAGACCCGGCGGGGGCGUGGUGGUGACGGGUGAGAGAGCCCAAGAGGGGUCAUGCAGCUGUCAUUCGAUAUCCAAACCCCUCAUCCAGCGAGGAGACCCCUUGCACCUGCCGGAUCUCCAUCCCAGCCUUGCUAGAUUCCUCAACUGCCUCUCUAUUUCUCUCUCUCCUCUCCUCCUCGAUCUCUUGUUCUCUCCCACAAGCCUUGAAGCCAGGUCAUGGAAGGUGGAGAGGCCACCAAAGAAGAGGAAGAGAAGAAGAACCCCAAGAAGAGAAGAAAGGUCACUCGGCUCACCAACUAGCUAUCUACCUCUCCUUGUGUCCCUUUACAGAGAGAUAUAUAUUUAGAGAGAGAAAGAGAGAGGGUUGUUAGCUUGCUAUAGAUAUAUAUUACUGUCGGUAUCCAUGGCUUCUUCUAGUCCAUCUAGUUAUAGAUCAAGGUUUGGGGACACGACUUUAACCAAGGUCUUUGUGGGAGGCUUGGCAUGGGAGACCCCAACCGAAGAGCUGCGCCGAUACUUCCAGCAGUUUGGCGAGAUCCUCGAGGCCGUCAUCAUAACCGACAAGAACACCGGGAGAUCCAAAGGCUAUGGCUUCGCCACGUAUGGCAAUGGGCAGGUGACGUUCCGUGACCCGGAUUCGGCCAGGCUUUCUGUGGCGGACCCCAACCCGGUCAUCGACGGCCGGCGAGCCAACUGCAACAUCGCUUCCAUGGGCCGUCCUCGCCCUUCCCCUCCUCGAGGGAGGACUCAAGUUGGGAGCCUUUCUCAGGGCCCACCUCAAGAUGUGGGCCCAUCAUAUAGCAGAGUGCCAGCCCAAAUGCCCCCUCCACCACCAGUCCUCUAUCCUGCUCAUUUUGGGUAUCUGACCUACCCAACUGAUUACGGAUACCAACAAGCUAUAUACAAUUCUCAAAUGAUGCCACAUUACUACCAUCAGAUGUAUGGUUCUUCAUCAUCAACUGUUAGCCCACCAUAUCAUUAUCCUCACAUGGGGUACACUGUGCCAACUUCAAGGGCAACACUGCAAAAUCCAUGCCCACCAUACAUGCAAUAUCCUACGGUCCACAUGGAGGGAUCUAUCUCUCCCUCAUCCUCACAGCCUUCUACCUUUCAGCUACAACCCCCUCCACAUGUAAGGCAACCACCAAACACAAUAGAUUCACAAGCUUCUCAACAACCAACAACGACUAUCGCAACUACCGAGGGUGCCAAUGCUUGAAGGAGAAAUUUUGCGUCUUUCUAGUGCCAUCUUGCUCGUUAUCAGAUCCGGAUAUUAUGGAAAGUAAUGGAAGGAUAGAAUCUUGACAAGUGCAAUUAGUCCUAAAGGUUGAAAUUUAUUCUUUUCAUGUGAUGGAAAAAGAUUCUUGUGGAGGGCAACUAAAUCAACAAUGAACUAUUACAAGACUUGGGAUGGGCACUAAUUGGCUCAAUACUAUCUCUUUCCUUUUUAAAAAAAUUCUUUUUGUUUUUUCAUGACAUGUACUUAAUCUAUCGGAUAUAUUGGACAUUUAUGAUUUUUCAAAAAUUUUGAAGUUUAUCAGAAUCACAAUUUGUAAGAAAACAUGGUGCAAUGAUUGGAUUUGUGUUA